AUGGGAGAGGAGUCCAGUCUCAGGGAGAGAAGCCAGGCAGAAGCCCUGAAUGCCAAACUCCUCUACCAGGAGGUCUGCUUGGCAGCUCGGUGUCUCGACCUCUUCCUUUGGAAAGGAAAUGCCCACAAAGAGGUGUUCAAGUCUCACGUCCUGGCCCUUAGCAGCAACGUUCAGAGAGUCUGCGUUCAGCCCAUGUUCCUGCAUCCAGUGGCUUAUGGGGGGAAGGCAGAGGAGCUGUUAUGGAGGAAAAUGUACUCUGAUGUUGCCAUGCUGCUGCUGACGACCAACAGGAAACACAUGGACACCUCCGAACACUGGGCGGGCCCCUUGGGGAUGCAUCUGAGGGCUGGCCUCAGAUUCUAUGAGCAUCUUUUCCUGUUCCUUCAGGGUCACUAUGGGCUGAGAUUACAGAGUUAUAUAGAUUGACCUCACAGCAGCGUGCAUUUGAUUGGCUGCAACAAAAUAGGGCCCACAUCAGAUGAAGAGACUGCCUGGGUUCAAAUGGCCUGCCAUCGCCAUCUGCUCUCUGGAGACUUGUUUUGCUAUCAGAAUGAGUUCCUAGCACUGGCCACCGAGGACUUGGCAGAGAGAUGUUACUACAAAGCCCUGUCAGCGGCCCCACACUUGGGAAUGCCCUUCAACCAGCUGGGAGCUCUUGCAGGGAGCGUGUGCUAUGAUGUUGCAGCCACCUACCUCUACCAGCUCUGUCUCCACUCGGAUGUGCCUUUUAAAGGGGCAGCGUGGAACCUCAAACGGCUCUAUGAUCAUGCAGGGCAAAGGAACGGCCAUCUGAAAAGGUACCAGGGAAAGAAACUGUCUCCAAGCCAGAAGCAGUGCUGGGAUAACAAAAGGCUGCUAGUGAGCUUCCUCUACCUACAGAGCCUCCUGCAGCUGCAGUGGAAAUUCAAAGCAGCCAGAUUCAUAGCCUUGUGCCAGCUGGUUCUGGAAGACUUUCGUCUCUGCCUUUCCUAUCCGCCAUGCCCAUCUGACUCGAGCCAGGUUCCCACAGAAGGCAAGCCCUCCAGGGGCUGCUUAUUUCUUCCAGACAUCCUCAUCUUGCAUAUGGUGGUUCUUUGUCUCAUGAAUGAGCACAGCCUGAGAAAAAUAGACUGGAGACGGCACAGGCUGGCAGUCUUCUUCUUGUGGACACUUUCCUCCCAUCUAAUUCAACAAGUGAGUACGCGAAUCCAAGCCAAGCUCCAGAAAGGGAGGCUGACUCCAGACACAACUAUCUCCAGUGACGGAAUCCAGAAGAAAGAGACGGGGGAGGGACAACAAGACGUUCCAGCCCCCUGCCCCAGCCUCCUCCAUAGCAAACCCCAGGACAGCUGCAGGCAGUCUUGCGUUUCUGGCAAGAGCUGCGUCUCGGAAGUCAGGUUUCAUUCCUGCAGCAACUCAGAUGAGACAGAUGAAGGGAAAAACACAUUCUUCAGUCCCCAGGUCCACCCGGAAACAAGUAGUGACCCUUCAUGUUCAGAUUCUACUGAUGAAGAAGGGAAUGGUGCCUUGCAUCCAGAAGCAGGGCAGGAAAGAAGGCCCCCAUCCAAAUACAAAGAUGCCUGUCCCAGGGAUAAGUGGAAGGCUUGUGAACCUCCUGCUUGUCUCCUAGAUCUCUUGAAAACAACUAUUCCUGCCAACUUGCCAACACCACCGAGUCUAAAGCUCCAAGGAAAACAGAGCUUACCCUUGGCUCCUGUCUUCAUUCAUGGUGUUCUGAUGCCACAGUCUGAGCCAAGCCCUGUGUCCAGUGGUACCUCUGGUACAAAGGGUGAUAUGCGCAGCUUACUUGAGACAGAACCUCCUGCUGGCUCCUACCGGGGACAGAAGGCCUCCAUUGGCCAGGCUGGCAACAAUCUCCAGACCAUUCAAAGAAAAUUGAAGAUCCUCUCUGCAGAGGGGCUGCUGCCCACCAUCCAAGUGAUCUUGGGCUGGCUCCGCACCAACCACAGCCUCCUUACCACAUGUUGGCGGAACCCACUUAGCCUGUGGGAAGACAUAUGUGUACUGCUCAACUUGCUGCCAUCAGUGGAAGCUCUUCAGGAACCAGGCCUGGGCCUGUCCCGUCACCUCCAGGACCUUGUGCAGAGUUGCACCAGCACAGAGAACCCCAGGUUCCCGCAGCUCCCUGAGGACAUUGUCCUGUGCCAGUGCGCUCCCCUGCAGGUGUCCCAGGGGAGACUGGGUUUAAAGCAGGAGCCCCUGCCACUCAACAGCCAGGAUGAAGCUGUCGUGUACACCUGUUUCCUGAGGAGCUUCGGCCACUUUGUGACCAGACUCCCUGGACGAUUUCUGAGGUUCGACUCUAAACUGGGUAUCUUUGUGAAUACUGCUUCUGAAGGGCCAGAAAGCUCAUCUCAUCAGCUUCCAAGGGUCACAUUUUCCAAAGACAUUGCCCAGCGCUGGCUUCAGUGUGAAGUGAUGUAUCUGGAAAAGACCCUCAGGAGCCCCCAAACUCAGUCAGUUUUGGCCGCUUACCUUUUCCCAGACCCUAGGGCCCUCUGUAAUCAUCUUCCAGUCAUCAAGCAACUCGCUGCCAGUGGUGAGUUUUUCCUCAUCAUACCCAGGAUUGUGGUCGACAUACUCUAUGUCCUAAGGAAGAAAUACAGCAGGGCCUCAGCAGCUGUUACCUUCUUAGAGAACGAGCUGAAGAGAGGGAACCAGUACAUUCUAUGCUGA